AUGUCGCCAGCACAAUGUAGUAUAGCCUCAGAAGGUGUUGCGACAAAGGCAUAUUUUACAGGGCGCCGCCGUAGUCUGUCUGUGGAUGCAAUCUGUAAUAGACAAGGGAAGAUCCUGGAAAGCAAGACCACGCCCAGCAGUGCAGAAAAGCUUCGGCUCUGUAAAUCGCUCGCCUAUAUACGGAGCUAUAUGCUGGAAGCUCGAUGUCCUGACUAUACCCCUUGUCAAUGCAAGCCCCCCCAAUCGCCAGUGAGCGCAAUGCGGUCGCCAACAGAUCUAAUCACCUCUUUAGCCACAUCCGCGCCUACACUAUUCAUACCACCCAUACAUCCUCCACAAAUCCCUUCUACAUUGAGCCUCACAAUGGAAGCAAGUCUUCCAUCAUGUGUAACAACACAUGGUAGUGGAGAUCAAUCUGCGCCUUUGCCUGCAAAAAAUGGUUGUCUGACUUUGACGCAGUUUGAAAAAUGCAUGGAGGUCUGCUUCGAGCACAUACAUCGCUGGCAAAACCUAUCAUCAGCGCGAAAGGAUACCUCCCUUUGCGAGCCGUACGAUAUACCUGCCAGGCACCCCAAGGUCACUCGAUGGCGUGCGGCACCACGGUCUCGUCCCCGCUCACGAUCACAGGCUGCUGCUUCUCUUCCUUUAUCCUCCGAGAAAGAGCUCCGUGCCAAUUAUGAUCAAGGCCAUGUCAUGCCCCCUCAGUCCCACUCCGAAAGCCUAGAAUUGCCUCGGAAAUGCACCCGCGCCAGAUCUAACCCACAUCCACAAACAACACGCAUGGAGCACACCUAUCUCUCAUGUGAUCGCAAUAAGCGCCCUUAUGUUAAUCGUGAUAAAAAGGAUACAACGAAAAAUGCGUUUUCAAUGGAGACAUUGCUAGAUGUACUGGCUUUGAUUAUUUCCAGAGCGCCUGAUGAAUGGGCGCCGGGCAGUGUCUUGACUGAGUACUUUAAACAAUCCUAUGGCCAAGGGCAAUCCAUUCAGCAACUUCUUGACCAGCUACCAUCCAAAGAUAGCCAAACCAUCAUGUUCUUGAUAUUGAAGGUCUCCAAAGCAUGGAUUGACACUUCGGCACUCCUCUCUCUGCCAUCAUUAGCGCCAUCGCCGUCAAUAACACCGCCCUCGUCUAAAAUAGAACAGCUUGACUCUCAAGUCAAGUCGACCUUGCCAAGGCCACAACGGGACGACGACGAAUGCCUUAGUGAGCGGUUCGAGGCUGAAUUGAAAGAUGCACAGUCUGCUACAAGGAGCGUGCUGGUUGAAAAGCUGGCGGUCCAUGUUUUUUUACGGCGCAUAGGAUCCAAGGACAUUAUCGACAUUGCAAACCCCUUGGACCGUGGAAACCAUACUACUAACGUCAGUAGCAGUAACGGCCGACCCAAACACAGGUCUUCUAAUGCUAAUUUGAGCAUCUCUGGUCUUGUGCCCACUGGAGAAGUUAAUCCCAAUCCUAAUGUUUGUGGACAUGUUCAUGACCUUCGCAAAGCAGAUGCGGCGGUCGGGUGCGAGAGUGAGUCUAAGUUAGAUGCAUCCAUUGCGCUGAAUAACCUGCUUUCAGCCUACGAAAGCUUCGAUCAAGGCGAAUUAAAGCCUUCUGCUGGCACACUUCCUGAUAUAGUCUCGCAUGAGACCUUAUCUAUGCCGGUUAACGUAGGGCAAGGAAAGGAAUCGCUCGGAGAUAUAGGCACUAUGAAUCCAAACGGCACUCCAUCGCUUUCGUUGCCUCCUUGGAGGACCAAGCUUAUUAGGGGUACUAACGUCAAGCGGCUGCGUUCGGAAAGCUUCACUACCUUGACACCUGAACUUAGAGGUUCGACAGGCAAGGUCUUUGUUGCCAAGUCGACAGAUAAGGGAUUUGAGUGCAACCUAGUUGAGGGCUUGAAGGAGGAGCUGCAAACACAAUCACAUGAUACCCAUAGUAAAGAGUGCGUUUCAGCUGUGGUGCCAAGCCAUUGUAUGCAGCGGCAGCUCGAACCAGAAAGGGAAAUCGGAACCGAUGACCAAGAACGGAGGGCCGGUCUCAAGUCACCGCUGCCCACAAGAAGCGUGCCACACCUAGUGUCAGCCAUUUUAAGCGUGCCUGGUAUUACGCUUAGUGGCAACGAUACGGAGCAGCAACCAUGUCAUCCUUUCGACAUACAUUCAAGUCCUCAACAACAUUGUUCGUGGUCUACUAAGGGCAUUGUUCCCCACACUUUGAAGAAUAAUGGUCCAUAUCAACACCACGCGGAGCCUGUUCCAUUGCAGGUAAAGGGCUAUACAACUGAUGUUCAGGCAGACGGUACAGAAUACAAUUAUAAAUCAUCAUAUUGGCAGUACAGGAGCCGGAAGCAAGCCCGACAGAGCUUAGAGUCUAAGGGCUCCAUCACUGGGCCAUUUGGUCAUACAAAUGCAUCAGCAGUAGCAAGGCGUCCUGUUAUUGCACAAAAGGCUCUUCGCUCCAAUGUUGGUUUGACAUCUGCGUGGAAGGCAUUGACGACAUUAUCAUUGACCCGGAAUGGAGAUGGUCGGACAGAGCGAGCAGCAGCCUCAGCUAUAACUACGGCUACGUCCCUGCCCUUCUGGAGAUCUUCUUUGCAAUCGAAGGACAAGAUGCAGUCUGAGGACACUAUAUCGAUACCGCCCCGGGCUGAAUCACCGAAACUUCCAAAUAAUACUAAGCAAUAUAACGCGGACAUUCCUGGGCAACCGUUGGCUCCUCCCUAUACGAUCAGUACGACAGACCAGAUCGCAAAGAACAUCUUAUUGGACUCUUUCAUAUCAUUGCCUAGCCCUAAGGAAUACAGUGGUCGUCGGUCCUCUCUCUUUAACCUGAAUGCAGCUGUGGAUGAAAAUGAUGCAAACUCGAAAAUGUCUGCUACUCUACCCAUGGUCGCCACACCAUCUAUUAUAAUGCCUUUCGCACAGACCCCAGAUAUCAUCAGUGGCACAGUUAUGGACCCACUUACUUCUGAUGAACCCUCUAAUUUUAACCCUCCCUCCCCCUCACCGGCGGCAGCAGGAAUGGGAUUGAUGUCAGGGUCAAACCCAGUUGAAUGCCAGCUGGCGAGGAAAUCUUCCCGUUUAUUGCGGGACGUUAAUUCACAGCAGCCUCUGAAACGUAAGGCUAGCAACCUAGGGGACGACUUUAGAGCAGGGCCAUCGGUCCCGGGCUUUACAUUCGCCGCUAUGCCUCCAGAAGUGGGCAGAGUGUCUGUUUCAAUGCCUAUUACAGUCCCAAGGCCGACGGCGUCCGAUAGGGCGAGCACCCAGUAUAGGCAUAAGCACAGCAAGAGCCAGGACCAUUUUUUGAUACCUCGGAAUGGCUUUCAGGACAUCAUCAUCGACGACAGCAAUAACUAUUACGAUAACCAUAGCCACAAUAACAACAAUGAAUGUAAGCCAAGUACCAUCGCAAGCAUUGCUUCUUCGUUCUCGCGCAGCGCUGGUGUUCAGGACCAAAUGCUGCAGAGCCCCAUGGCCUGGGACCCCAUUACGUCUUUGGCUGCCUCAUCGUUGCCAUUAUCUAGAGACAUAUCUUCUUGUGCCUCUACGGCCUCAGUGCAAGAAACCACACCUGUGAUCGUUCGAAGGAAGCGAAGUAUCCACGAGAAGUUAUUUGGGAAGCUAGGGUAUAAAAAGCCAACCUCAUCUCCGGUCUCCUUGGCUACAAUGACGUUAACAACACCAAUGGCAACGACGGCAGUAACUACCCUGACCAUGCCCAGCUCUAGUAUCGGAUCGAGUUCUAUGCCCAAAGAGACGAGUACGGUCGAGACACUACAUACAAUGCCCUCAUACGGUAGCGGUGCCAAUACUGGUAGCGACAGUACAACUAUGGUCUCCUCGAUGCCAUCACUACCUUCGCCUACAUUCUUUGAUGACAGGUCAUGUAAAAAGCAAAGUGCACAGCGGAGAUAUGACUGGAGCCUUGGAAGUAAAGACUGCCACCGUCAGCAGCAACUGUCCGACGCUUACAAUCAUAGCGGCAAUGUUUCAAUCCAGCAAUCCCGCCUGCGAUCUGUUUCCCCUCAACAACCGCCUUCCUCUCCACCCCCUUGGUCACUGUCCCGAAUCAGGGCACAUAUCCAGCAGCAACAGUCAUCGCAAACAGCACAGGCCUCAGAGAGCUUGCAGCAGCAACACUCGCAUCUGAAACCGCAGAAUGAAAAGCGAGUACGACGGCAGCGCCAAGAGGAGGUCCGGAAGCGGCUUUUCUUUAAAGCCAUGAUGAAUGAUGAUAUUUGCCAUAUGGAUCACCCAUAUACUCAUCUCGAGAAUGAGAAUAGUACUAGUCAUAAACAAGAAUCCAAACAUGAAAACCUAAGUGAUGGGAUCAACAGCAGCGGUGGUAGUGGCGGUAGCGGGACUGAAUCUGGUGAUUAUCAUCACAUAGGCGGCAUCUACGGUGAAGGCAGUGAAGAUAACGUUCCGGUAAAAGGGAGGUAUUUAGGGGAGAAUGCACGUGCAGAGCGAGAUAUGGAUAUCUGGAAGGUAUUGGAGCAGUGGCAAGCCUGGAGGAUUGCUCACGAAGAGUACAAGGCCUAUCCACAAACUCAUCUGCUCGUUGAUCAAAAUCAGGAUGUAUCCUAUCAAAAGUUCUGCACCUUUCAUCGAGACUGA